AUGUGGCCUCGCUUCAUUGGCUUCUUCUUGUCUUCCUCCCUAAAAUUGAGAAGACGGAGUGGGUCCACGUGGGGUUGCUUCACUGGCUUCUUCUCUUCUUCCUCCCUAAAAUUGAGAAGACGGAGUGGGUCCAUGGGGGGUUGCUUCACUGGCUUCUUCUUUUCUUCCUCCCUAAAAUUGAGUCGACCUGCCUCUUCGUUCUUCUUCUUCAGGAUCGCGGACCACUCUCUUGAUCUUCUCGUGGACCUCGUCGAUGUGCCUCUUUACGUUUGCAGGGCGACGAAAGAGCUCACCGAGGACGUGAUCAAUUUCGGCAAUAAAGUCAGCGAGAAAGGAACCAACCACCACACCACUGCCUACAAAAUCGCCCAGAUCAACAAAGAAAAACAGCAAGUACUGGAAUUCGAGGCUGAACACACGUCGAUCGUUUCAAGAGAAGAAUUCUACAAACUCGCUCCGAAUCGGCUGAAAGAGCUGGCGGACAAGAACGAGCACAGUCUGCGACUAGCACAGCUCGAAUUCGAGCUUCAAGAGAGGAAGUUGCUGGCGAUCGAGCUGAAGGAACACAAAGAAAAGCGAUCGAAGCUGAAUCAGAAAAUAGCCGACUUGGAAGAUCGAGAGCGUGAAUCAGUAGAAGGCCUCAAGAAUCUCGUGGAAACGUGCAAACCAUUUGUCGAAAGUCUUGACUUGAGCGAGGCGGAUUUCGGAAAUACCAUCGUGUUUGCACCGAGCAUCGAAACAAUGUCAAUUCCACUGGAGUCGCUUUAUCGACAAGCGAAAGCGCGAGAAGCUCAACUCGGCGAUUUCGAAUGCUUCUUCAAAGAAGAAGAGCUUCAGAUCUCUUAUUCCGACUUCACGAUCCGACUGCUUUACUGCCCGAAAUUAGAACGCGUUCUCGCCAAAUGCGACAAGCCCGUGCUCUUGGACAGCGUCAAUCCUUCAGACGAUGGAUUGGGCUUGCCGAAUCUGUACGGCGUGUCAGAUAGAAACGACGAGCUGAUGCGCCAGUGGCACGAGUCUGGAUGGAAAUGCUACCGCUGGCUGCAGAACAUCGCCGGAAUCGAGCUAAUGCUGGAUGAGUGCGAAGUCACUUCAAACGCGAUCGAUCUCAACGACGUCCUCGACCACCUAAUCACUGCCUGA